UCCUCUGUUGCAGCUGUGGUGAAACUGUUCGCCUUGGUACACGGGGCAGAUCAGAAGCAGAUUUUUGCGUCAUUGUGCUCCCGAUUGACCUGUCCGGUUCAUUUCACGCUCUUUCCUGGAAGUGUCUGACUCAGUACAGGAACAGGAACAGAGUUGAGGAUUGAAGCUCAGAUUAAGUGUGCUGGUUGCAGUGAUUUGUGUGUUUUCAUAAAUCAAAACUAGAAGUAACUCCAACAAUUCUGAUUUUACACCCAGACUUUAACAGAGACUGUGCACUUAGCUGAUCCGCUGUGAGGAUUUAAAUGAUGAGACGCAAGCUGGACCUGUCUACUCUGACUGAGGAGGAGGCAGAGCAUGUUCUACAGGUGGUGCAAAGAGACAUGCGGCUGCGCAAAACAGAAGAGGAGCGACUGAGUGACUUAAAGCAGGAGCUGGAUGAGGAGGACAGCCGGUGUGUUUUGCUCUCUCGUCAGCAGGGCUUCAACCAGCGCUGCUGCAUUCGCUGCUGCUCGCCCUUCACUUUCCUGCUCAAACCGCGCCGCCGCUGUCUGGACUGCAACUACAACAUCUGUAAGCGCUGCUGCUCCUACUCCAGCACCGAAAAAGGCUGGCUUUGCUCCGCCUGCGAGAAGAGCAGACUGCUGAAGACUCAGUCUCUGGAGUGGUUCUACAGUAAUGUGAGGAGACGCUUUAAGAGGUUUGGCAGUGCUAAAGUCCUGAAGACGCUCUACAGGAGACACAUUGCCGAACAGGGCCGAGAUCUUGCUGAACUCACAGAAGAAAGUACUUAUGAUGAAAGUUUGGGCAAUGAUGACAGUAUGUAUGAGAGCGAUACCACAUUCUACAAGCACAGUGAAGAGCACAGCAUGGCAGAAACCAUCAGUGUGGCACUACGUGUGGCAGAAGAGGCUAUAGAUGAAGCCAUUGCCAAAGCAGAGACUUAUACAGAUAACAAAGAGAAACAGAAUGAAGCUUCCUACCUGCGGGACAACAGAGGAGAACUGAUAGAAGAGCUAACCACAACCAUCGUGCAGAAAAUUAUCCGCAGGAAAAAAGAAGAAUCUGAGACACAGCCAGAGAGUAAUGUAGACUGGCCUCCUGAUCAGAAGACUGAUGUGAACUUCCCUUCUUCUCCCACUAAUCGACCACGGAGUGCCAUGGCCUGUCAGUCCAGCCCCAAAGUCUCCAUAUGGAGGUCCCGAUCAGCCGUCUCUCUCCUGACAGAUGAAAAACGGCAUCAAAAUGACAAAGCCCAGCAGAGACCAGUGCUCUGUAAAGACUGUACACAGGGACUGAAGAAGGAUGGAGUCUCUGCCCCAACCCUUCCUAGCUGGAAAAGUGUGGAUCGAAUGGACACUUCCAUAUUGCAGAGUCCAGACGGUAAUUGGAUUGCCCUGCAGAGCACCCAGCUGUCUCGGCCCAGCCUGCUGACCAAGCGUAAGAGCCUGGUGUUCAGCGUGUUAGAGAAGGAGUCUGGGGUGGUCUCUGCCUAUGACGGUAUGGGCUCUGACACUGAACCAGACGCCGAUGGAACCUUGGGUGCAGCCGUGUUGGAGAUUCGCCAAAAACUCUCCACCAGCAACGUGCCGUUUGACCUUCAGUCCAGCAGCCCAGAGCCAAACCUGAAAUCAUCCACACAGACUGCUGCUAGCCAACCCCAAACUAACUCUGACCAGGACACCCCAGCACCAAAAUUCCACAAAUCUCCAUUCCCUUUCUUAAAAAGGAAAGUACCUUUGGAGUACAAACGUCCGUAUUCUCAACGUCUCAGCGUGUUGGACGUUAACUUUAAUCCAGAGGGCACAGAAAGUAGCGAAGAUGGCUUAGAGGACAGCAGGGUCAAAAGGACACGACGCAGGAGAAGAACCAAAAGAGAGGAUGCAGACGUGAAAGGUUUCUCAGCUCUGUCUUCAGCUGAACCAGACUACAGCAGGAUUCUAUUGGACGUUGUGGUGAAACACCGAAACAAGAGACAAGGUGCCUCAGACUUCCUAAGUGACAACACCAUGGAUACUACAACCUCAGAUAUGCAAAGCUCAGAGGUUGGGACUCCUGAUGCUUGUGUGUCGGAGCUGGAAAAUAAUCAUCUUCUGUUUGGUUCAGGAGAAAACCAGCUUACAUCCACUCUGAGAGAACUGAGCAAUAAAGACAGUCAAACACAGUUCUCCUCUAUUGAAGAUGAGCUUGAUAGAGUGGAGGAGAUAGUGGGAGAGAGAAAUGAUGAUGUAGAUAAGGAGAGAGAAAGUGAAAGAGGGGAAGCUUUAUGGGACAUGGAAGUGGACAUGAAGAAGGAGGAAUCUGUAUCAGAAAUGGAAGACUGUGGAGAGCAAAAAGCAAAUGAGAAUCUUUUAGAUGUUGCAGAGAAAAAACAGAACCGUGCAGAAUCAGUGAAGGAAGGAGAUAUGUUUGAGGCAGCAGUAGAAGAAGGAAAGGUAGGUAGUAAGAAGGAGAAUUCAGGAAAGUUGACUACAGAUAUUAAGGGAGAUAAUAAGCAGAGAACUGCUGAAAAUCAACAGGAAGAGUGCUCAGAAUUAAGACUUAAAAGCAUGGUGGCGGGAGAGCAUAUUAGGCUUGCAGACAUAAAUAAUACUAACACUGAGGGAAGAAUUACAACUACUAAAGACACAGCUGGUUAUAGAGAAAGGAUUAAGGAAGCUGAGGAAGGUGGAUCACAAGAAAAACAUGACAAAACAGAGCUAACACAAAUUAAAAAAUGCACCACUACUGAGGAGGAGAUACCCAAAGAGCCAGAGAGACAAAGAAAAGCAGUUGGCCAGAGAAAUAACGAAUCUAAGAAUCAAGAAGAUGACGAGCAAACAAAAGAUAUGGAAAAAACAACAACGAAUACUGGAGGAGAUGCAAGUCUAGAUGAUGCAAGAAGUGGAAUAAUAGAUGAAACGGAUGAAACAGAGCAAGACAGCUGCAGUAAUCAGGCUAUAACUGGAUGUCAGAGUGAAGAAUCAGAGGUGGAAUAUGAAAGAAUGACUGACAGUGCAAUCAAGCCUUUGGAUAACACACAAAAGGACACUGAAGCACAAGACAGCAAGAUGAGAAUCAGCAGAUCAGAUGACACUGAAAGGAGUGAGAGCGAGGAGGAAAUUGUGAGGGGGAAGAAAAAUGAAAUGGAGAUUAUAAAGAGUGGAGAGAGAGAGGAAUAUAUUGAGGUGGAACAAGACAGAGAGAACAAGAGCUUGAACGAACAAACGCAGGAGAGCUUUGUGGAAGACGAAGACGAGAGCAAGCAUGACCUGGUUGAGAAAACCGAAGAACCUAAUUGUGUGGGAAGAGCAGAAGAGUGUGAUUGCAAGGAGCACAUAUUGAAGGAAGAUCUGAACAGCGCCCACUAUGGUCAAGAGGUGUAUCUCACACCUGAGGAAAUCUACAAAGGUACACGCAAUCUGGACUUAGAAAAAGACCUGCAGUUCCUCUCCACUUUGGUACAGCAGAAGUACACAGCUGCAUCACUCCGCAGCAUCACCACUGAGGUGCUGAAGGUCCUGAAUGCCACUGAAGAUCUUAUUCAGGGUGCCAUGAAUGAUGGAGAGUCACGAUCCCGGAACCUGCCUGUACUCCCUCCUGCCCAGAGCAAGAGACUGGACGAGCAGCUCAGCAGACUAGAGGAGAAUGUUUAUGUAGCUGCGAGUGCUGUGUUCGGGCUGGAGGUUGAGUUGGAUGAUCUGGAGGAGUGUGCACGCAGCAUCAGCGCAGCCACCUCUGAUGGAGAACUUACUCAUCUGGAGGAGCAGGUGGCCACAGUCGCCGCCCAUGUGCAGCAGUCUGACCUCCAGGUGACGGACAUCGCAGCAAGAAUCGCCGCUCUUAAAAACGCAGGCCUUAAUGUUGCUGCGCAGACACGUUUCGCCAGGCCACAAACCUUAGACUCAUCAAGGCAGCACAGACGACGACUACCAGCACCUCCAAUGCAAGAUAAAAAAGCCUAGUGCAGGUCAAAGCUCAGGAAACAACUUGCGCAGCCGAACAACAUCCCUGCCAAAACAGAGGAGCCUCUGUUCACUUGUGCCUUCAAGCAGUGAACUGUUGUUCCACAGGACAGCGUUUUACUGCUAGCCUUGACCAAAAGCCCUACACUCCAUGCUGACCACUGUGGUUUGCCUUAAACCAACACCCAGGGCUGGGAGGACGCUGGGAAGACUCUGAGACAGUGUUUGAGGUAUUUGUCCACAGCAUUGUUGUGGAUCUGUUCAAGACUGAUGACGUUAAACAGAAUAGAAUUCCAACAUUCUGUGAAAAACGGCAAAUACACAGUUUGCUGAACUUUUCAUUUCAGUUUGCUAAAAUGUAUGUGAGAAGAACUUAAACUUCAUAAUUGAUCCUGAGGCAAAUAGUUACAUUGAAGUUGGAGAGUAAUUAAUGACUAAAAAUAAUUUAAGAUUUUUUGGAUCAGGUUGCUUUAACACUACAAACAGUUACAGUAGUUGGACAAUGCAACUGAAACACCUGGUUUUAGACCACAAUAAUUUAUUGUCCCGACGGACAGUUCUGGUGGAAACAGGAGAGUUGAGGUGCACAUUGAAUUCUGCCGUGAUUUGGGCAGCCGUGGUUUUAUGUUUUUUGGAUACAAUCCGGGUUAGCAAACGAACAUCCCUUUCAGACAGCUUCCUCUUGCGUCCACAGUUAAUCCUGUUGGAUGUGGUUAGUCCUUCUUGGUGGUAUGCUGACAUUACCCUGGAUACCGUGGCUCUUGAUACAUCACAAAGACUUGCUGUCUUGGUUAAAGAUGCGCCAGCAAGACGUGCACCAACAAUUUGUCCUCUUUUGAACUCUGGUAUGUCACCCAUAAUGUUGGGUGCAUUGCAGUAUUUUGAGCAACACUGUGCUCUUACCCUGCUAAUUGAACCUUCACACUCUUCUCUGCUCUUACUGGUGCAAUAAUGUGCAAUUAAUGAAGAUUGACCACCAGGCUGCUCCAAUUUAGCCAUGAAACCUCCCACACUAAAA